GAACAAUCUUCUCCGACUCCUGCGAGCCACCUUCUCUUUCACUUGCCUGCAACAAAAUUUAAGCAACAGUAGAAGGUGGAGGGAAGUCACUAUGGCACAUAUAUAUUUGUGGAAACCUCAAAACUGCUUCGCCAACGAAAAAGUGAUGUUCUGCAAUCUGAUUGGGCUGCAAAAAUCCUACAGCAGGGUACAAAUUGCGAUCAAGCUUGCCAACGCUUUGUGGGCCGCUCGUGGGUGUGGUUCCACCACCAGAGUACUCCCUCCCUCUCCCUCCUUCCCUCUAUUCCUCCCUCCCUCCCCCUCUUCCCCCCUCUCCUUCCAAGAUUAUACGCAGUUCCAUGUUCAAAUU